ACACUCAGAGGCAAAGGGGACCCGGAAAGGCCAAGAACUGGAUAUAUUUAAGAGCCUCUGGGACUUGGCCACGAUAUGGCAACGCUGCUUCUAAGGAAAGUGAUUUCUGCCGUGGCCCCUCUCCGAGCUCUCGGCCGUUGCACAGCGAAACCCCAACCCCUCUCCACGCUCCUGUGGGGGUCCCUUCGCGGGGCGGCUCCUGUGGGCGCGAAGCGUCGCGCAGAGGAGCCUUCCCUUCUCUGGCCUGGCCUCCUGUCCCGCCCUCAGCCUGCGCUGGGGUUCAAGACCAAGGGCGUCAUCAAGAAGCGCUGCAAGGACUGCUACCUGGUGAAGCGGCGCGGCCGGUGGUUUGUCUACUGCAAAACGAACCCCAGGCACAAGCAGAGACAGAUGUAGCCCCUCGGAGCAUCGCUGGAGCCCCGUCCGCCUUGCUUGGUAAGGUGGCUGCCCUUCUUGGAGGCCUCUGUCAGCCAGAAGUCAGGAGCGGGACUCUGUCGGGCCGUGUCACCUGUGACUGUUCAGUAUGGAUUUGUAAAUGUAGAAUGCGUUCCAUCACUUGUUUCAACACUUCUCCAGGUAAAAACGUUUUUCAAUAAAAGCAAGACCCUGAAUAGCUUCA